UCAAACUCCACCCAUUGUACCAGUCACGCCCAAAAGAAUUAGCAGGUCUCCUGGCACAUGUAUAAAACCAGGACAGGUCAGGGCAACCCCUCACAUAGUGUGAUAUAUGUUGCCAGGUGCUUAAUUUUCCUGAAGCCGAGGAGUGUUAACAGCUGUCAGAAGCCACAAUGUCAGGUAAAAACUUCCAGGGACUGAAGGAUCAGGCUGAAGGUGCAGCAAAAGAUGCUGCAAACACAUUGGGACAGGCUACUCAGGAUGCAGUCAACCAAAUUACAGAUGCAAGCCAGAAAGCUAUUGACAAGGCUUCCAAGGCAGCGCAGGAUGGGGUAGAAAAAGCAACUGGACAAGCUGCAGAAGCAAUGUCUGGCUUUGGGAAAAAAUGUGGAUUUAAGAAAUGAUGCAAAUUUAAGCAAACAGUAUUGCAUGUAAAAAUCUCUCUUUGGUCUGCAAUUCUUUGCUCCUUUGUGUAGAAAAAUGAAAGCUGUUUGAGACCUGGAUAACUUCUUUCUCUCCAAAUACAAAAUUCUAAGGCAAAAGGCCCCUUUAUUCUUCUUAAAGGAAAAAGUACAUAUUUUAGCAAAUCUUGUAACAUCUGUUCACAAACUUCAACGUGGCUCUUAAGGCUUCAGCAAUGCUAUUGCCCUGCACUUACAACAGCACAAUGGUUAUUGCAACAUUUACUAAGUGUAUUUACAAACCAAAUGAAACCGUUCAUGUUCUGGGACACCAGGACAUUCAUAUGAUGAAACUGAGUUUCCUUCCAGUAAUCAGAAGUUAAGCUGGUGUUAUAUUUCAUGUCAGUUGUUUGCUUCAUCCCAUUUGCUGUGUUUUCUGAUUUGGACAAAUAAAAGGUAUUGUAAGAUUUCUGCCA